ACUUCAUCUGAAUUGCUGUUUGUGGGGUUUCCGUCUCUCGAUUGCAGCAAUAACACACAACUGUAUGUUGAGUGAUCCCAUCUUUAUUAUGACUUCGUGGCAAUGGCAAUUCCACAGAAGUGCUAGGUAGUCAGGUAUCAAUAAUUACUCCAUACAACCGAUCAAGAGACAUCAGUUGACAGUUGACCGACGACCGACGACCGACGACCGACGCAUCCAAGCCAAUCUGCUUGAGGGGUCCUUCUAGACAAUGUGGGCCCAAAGUCAAUUCUCAACGUCAGCUCUUCUUGGAAGCCACUACUUUACACAUCCCGCUGCACCUGCACCUUUCAAUAAUUAUGUAGCUACCCUUUCAAAUUUUAAAUCAAACUCUCCUUAGUGGGAAGCCAUUAUUUAUACUCUUUCAAUGGCAAAACUUUAAUAAACUUCUUCUUAUUCUUUCACACAAUCCAUCUGUUGUUUUCUUUGACCCCCAAUCCAGUUGAUUUAUUGCUAUUAUUAACUCCCAAAUAAGGCUUUAGCAUUCAGAACCCACGAUAUACUCACCAGACCCGGGCGGAGUCUAGGAGACCUAUGCAAUGUUAAUGCGAGUUUGACGCUGAUUGACCGGCUACUUAAAAGACCUUGCAAUUAACAAACAGAACACUCUGAACUAUAAAUCAAACCCAUAUCUUCACUCUAACGUCUCCAAGUAGUAGAGUUCAUUUCAUCUUCAACAAUCCUUCAGAAACUCAAGCAACCACAUUCUCUUCAUCAGCAGACUGACUCCGUUGAGCCCUGUCACAAUUCUCUUCGUAUCUUUAAGAGGAAACGUCUCUGAGCUCCUUGUCUCUGAAUCUCCCAUCGAUAUUCACUAAAGACGUGUACAUCGUUGAGUUUUUAUUUGUGGUGUGCACAAAAUACUGCCUCCAUCCUCACAUUCGAUUUGGAACUCUUCAGAUACUUCCUCGCAAAUUCCCUGCUUCAGUAACACCAUAUUUACUUCUGCUGUUCCACACGUGAUUGUUAGAUCAAACGUUCUCGAAUUGCAGCUACUGCCAUUGAACCCCUAUAACAUUAAAUACUUAGAACUCAUUCGGCGACCAUGAGUGCCUCCGCAACAGCCACUGCUGUGGCGACCCAAGAACGUCACCCUACAAACGACAUCACCCUAGAAGUACCAAUGGGUCUUAAGCAACAAGACAUCAUUCAAAUCACUCUUACUGGACCAGGUCUCGUCCUCACCAUCCUAGGUAUCAUCAUCUGCAUCAACCUUUUCCAGCCAUCCCUAACCUCCACUAUUAUCGCCUUGGCACCAAUACCAUGGAUCGUGUAUAACGACUAUCAUAAUUUCAUAUCUUUGGGUCCAGGAGGAACUCCCUCCACUCUGCUUGGAUAUGUCAAAAUCACAUAUCUUCGUAUAUUUGCUCUUUCUGAUCCAUACAACCCACCAAAAGUCUCCGAUGACAUAAAUCCUGCAUCCGGUUACCUACAACGCGCCCGUCAACAUCUUCCUAUCCGCAGUGGCCCACGGCCCAAAGUUGCCGGUAUUGCUCCCCAGAGACAAAUAAGCCAGUAUGGUUCUCGAGCCAUGUAUGAACUUCUCCGCACUAGCCUCCAUAAUCUCGCACACCGACACUCAGACAAACUCAAGACGGCGGUAUCCUGUUUCGAGAAGAAAGGUCUUGCGCUCUUCUCGCUAGAUCCUAUCAAUACUACUUGCAAUGGGGAAAUCUGCCAUGUGCACCAUAGCGACAAUAGUUACCAUAUGAAUCUUCAUCCGAAUGAUGCCAAGAUUGUUCUGGAAAAGGGUUGGGGUGAAAGACAUCCAAUGGCUGGCGCUUCUGCACCUCAAACUGUUGCCAAUUUAUUAUCCCGCCUUCCAAUAUCUCUGUCUGCAUGGUUCUCGCCAAGAGUUGUACCUGAGCAAUUCAUGUUGAUUUAUGCACCGAGGAACAAAGAUGAGCUUCAAGUUGUAUGUCACAUCAUCGAGGCAGCUGCAUUCUGGGUCAGUGGUGAGCAAUUGACACUUUCUAUCGAGAGUGUUCCAUUGAGCGAAGAAUCUGUUAUUGUAUAACGCACACCAUUUGAGAAUUGGUUGGAGGUUGAGAACUACAAUCAUGGGCGGAGAGACGGGACGGAGAGACUACGGGAUAGGGGGUUAGAUAAAAUUGAAACAACAAUGUGGUAGGAAGUAAAAUGAUGGUUGAAAUGGGUACACGAGAGCGGAUUGGUAAAUUGAUGCAGGAGUAUUGGGUCAAAGUUGGUUUUGCAUACAUGAAGAUAUACCCUUGGUUGCACUCCAUCGCGUUGAUAUUUAGCUUACUUUUAUUGUUACCAAUGCAUGAUACUAG